AUGAUAGUUUGGAUAGAGAGGUUUAUUAAGGGAGUUUGCUCAAUCAUGCUGCUCUUGGUGUUUGGUUUAUCGAGUUUCGGCAGACAAGUGGUCAGUCGAUUCUCAUCCUUCCUUAUGUUUGAAACAAUUGCAUCAAUUAAUACUCCUGAACAUCAAGAGAAUGUUAUUCAAAAAGACAUUACAGACCAACAAGAUGAUGAUUCCACUAAUCAUUACGAGAUGAAUGCUACUUUAGAGAAUGUUGAACAAGCAUCCUCUUCCAAGAAACAAAUGGUCCUAGGGUUUCAUAGUGCAUCUCCUGGAGUCCAAGUUGUGAAUGAACCACAUGUUCAGACAUCAUCCGAAUCUAUUUCCAUAGAGGAUGCAUCUAUAGCCACCAAGACCUCAUCCUCCACAUCAAACAGCAAAUACUCUUCCACCAAUACACUCAGUGAGAGUCAGUAUGAUGGAUCCUCUCCUCUGCUAUACUCCUGUAGUAGUACAGAGGAUGUUGAGGCAUCUUCAGCUACUGCAACUGCUGCUUCUACUGUACAAGAACCAGUACGAGAGGAGAUACCUUCCUCAUCUUUACCAUUCAUAUCAGCAUCAGAGGAAGGUUUAUUGCAUGCAAGUUAUGUCAACUUUCAAUCCACUAACAUAUUUACAAGUAAUAGCAUUGAUUUUCAUAGGAGAAAAUACUCUAUCAAUCCAAUGGUGAAUACUCAUCAUCAUGAACAUCAUCAAUUACAACAUCAUGUGAGUAAUAGGGAUGGCAAUGCGGAGGAGAAAACAAAACAACAUGAAACCUUAAUACAGAAAGAAGAGGAGUUUAAGGAAGAAGAUAUUGAUGUAACAUGCAUCCAUGGCUUGAAAAUUCACUUGAAGAAAUUCAAAUUUCCAUGA